UAUGAUUUACCUCGGUCAUUAUCCAGCUGAUAUCUACCUUAGUUCUUAAUUGACUACGAAGUUACGGUACUUACUCAGGGGCUACGUUAAAAAGAGCCCGGAUUCGUUUCACUGCCAUAUCCAGCCCCCUCCACUCGUUGCGUUGCUCAACGCCUGCAGGAACUGACCGCAUCAAACGGUCUUUUCCCUAGGUAUUCACAGAUUCAGCAUCGCAAGCACAGGAAUUAUGGAUUCCGGGUUUCAGUCACAAGAGGCCCUGGAAGACUUCCUGGGCCCGAUGCUCAUCGACUUCGAUACCAUUCAUCGCCUCAGCAACGCAUUCUACUCGACCUUUGUCGACCUCGCAGCCAACAAUCUCGACCAGUUCCUUCCCACACCCAUAUCCGAAUCGAUUCUAAGACCUGUGGGCAAAACGGGCCAAGGAAGACAUCUGGCCAUAGAUAUUGGCGGAACGAACCUCCGAGUCGGGUUUAUUGGACUCUCACGAGAUCAUGUUCACCCAUCUGACAGCCUCCUCGCCAACGGGGCUACAUCGGCAAAUGGAACCGAUGGGGCUUCGGCUUCGUCACCGCGAGUCUCUCGCCUCAAGGAGAGAUCAUGGCCCAUCUCCGAAGCGCUCAAAUCGAUGGACACGACUCACCUCUUCGACUGGAUAGGCGAGUGCAUCGCCGCCGUCGUGGCCGAGGCUUGCCGUGACUGGGGUCUUCCUUCCGACAGGGAAAUCCCCCUAGGCAUCACCUUCAGCUUCCCCAUGGUACAGAGAUCCCUUAGCGAGGCGACCCUCAUGGCCAUGGGGAAAGGCUUCACCUUGAAAAGCAACCUCGAAAUCGGGCCCUUGCUCCUCGGAGGGUAUGAGAAAGCCCGCGGCGGCACCGACACUCUUCUCCCACCUCUCCGCAUCACCGCCAUCGCAAACGACUCGGUCUCGACGCUGGUGUCGUUCACCUACGAGUACGGCGAGAACGAACACCGGAAGGGAUCCAUGGGUCUGAUCGUGGGCACGGGCUGCAACGCCACCGUGCCACUCAAGCUCGCCCGCCUCCACGAAACCAAGCGGCCCCCCGUCGUCAGCCUCCUGCCCGGCGAGUCCCUGGACGACGUCCGCAUCGCCGUCAACACCGAGUGGAGCAUCAACGGCACGGCCGCGCCCCUGCGCGAACUGGGCCUCGUCACCGAAUGGGACGAGCUCCUCGACGCCGCCGGCGAAGUCCCCGGCUUCCAGCCCCUGGAGUACAUGACGGCCGGCAGGUACCUGGGGGAGCUGGGCCGGCUCAUGCUGGUCGACCACCUCCGGCGGACGCAGAGACUGGCCCCCGAGGCGCUCCCCGCCGCGCUGACGAGGAGGUUUGGCGUGACGACCACGUUCCUCAGCAAAUACAAGGGCCCGGACCCUGCGACUCUUGUGCGCUUGCUCGAAUCCGAGUUCCCCGGGUCGACGCCGGCGGCACAGUCGCCUCGCCCUUUCCGGUGGACGGAGGAGAUGGCGGCCUCCCUGUACGACAUCACCAAGGCGGUCCAGACCCGGGCUGCCGGCAUUGUGGCCGCGGGAAUCAUUGCGCUUUUGAAAGUAUCGGAAGACAUCCCCGCGGGCAGGCCGACGACGACGACGACGACAACAACAACUACGACAACAACAACAACAGCAACAACAACAGCAACACGAACGGACACUUCAAGCGCCGGCGGCAAGGUCCGGGAGAUAGGCGUGGGAUAUACCGGAGGCUGCAUCGUUCACUUCCAAGACUACCUCGCCGACACGCAAGCGUUCGUCGACAGGCUCCUGGAACGGGAGUUUGGGGCGUCGCCGCCGGUCAGGGUGGUGCUCAGUCCGUGUCACGACGGGGGGAUCAAGGGGGCGGGUAUUCUGGCUGCCGCUGCGCAGUCGAGCAUGAGGACCAAGACAUGAUGAUGUAUGUAUACGGAGGGGAGUGAGGGGAGUGAGUGGAGCGGGAUUUUGGGAAGGUGGCACGCGAAGAUACCCAAAUACAGGGAAUAAUCUAUAGAUGGUUCCG